GUGCAAGAAUAUCUCUUCACGUUAUGGACACUGUGUCACAUCCCAAGGUAAUGACAGAACAAUUCCAACUACUAAGAUUUUGUUCAGAUGCAUUUGAGAGGGUUGAUAAGUCUUUGUUGUGACAAUCUAGUUGCUCUUUUGAACCUUUCUUUUCAGACGGAGUCCGUGAAUUAGUUUGCUUUGUACCUCUGGGCUUAAGUAUGAUUGCCUGGGAAUGUGUGUGGACACCUAGAAAACACACUGUCUACCAAACACACAGAUACACACUCAUUAUAGAACAGUAAGUUGUAUCAACAGAAUGAAAUAUAACACAGUAAUUUAAUGUAUCUCUGUGGUUUUAUUAUAUCAUUUGAUUGUUUGCGUUUAGGGUGCACUGUAGACUAGGCAGAAUAGCAAAAAAUAUACAUAAUUAAUUGAAAUAAAAUACUAAAUUCUAUUCAAUUUGAUAUUCUUCACAGGAAAAACUCUUGCAAAAUGUAUGCAAACAUAUCAGGGACAUCUCAGACUAUUAGUCUGUCCAAAAAGCUUAACAUGACGGCUCAUGUGUUUGACGAGAGUGAUCCGAAGAGCUGUACAAAGUCCUUUUUCAGAGGUUCACCUAAAAAAUUGGGUAUGUUUAUGUUAAUCAUCUAUGCAUUUAUUCACUUCCAUUAUGUGAUAGAAGGAUAGCCUAUGGGAUUACAGCAAGCAUAAUAUGUGACCAGUCCAAUUUGUAUAUUGUUGAAUACAAAAUAUAGUAUGACAAUGAUACGUUAUCACAUGUUGUCCUAACAUUGCAGUUCGAUGCGGCCCCCCAUCUAAUGUACACUUCAAUCGCCAUUCAAGACAGCUGGAUAUCCAGGCCUCCUGGAGGAAGGAGGAGAACAAAUAUAUUGCGCUGUACUCUGUGAGAUACAAGAACCUGACGAGCGAGUCAUGGAAAGAGGUGGGCUUUAAAAGUCAGAUCUGAAGGGUACUGUCUGCCUGCAGCUCAUAUAGAGACACAGGUAACUGCCAAAAUAAAGGAAACACUUGAGUAAAUGAGCAGGUACUUCCACACAGUUGUGGUUCCUGAGUUGAUUAGGCAAUUAACAUCCCAUCAUGCUUAGAGUCAUGUAUAAAAAUAUCCCAGUUGCCCAUUAUUAUGGCUACCAUGGCUAGAAUAAUAUAUCUCAGUGACUUUGAAAGGGGGUCUCAAAGGACCAUAGGUGGUUUAAAGGAUGUGUGUGUGUGUGUCUGAUUUUGGUUUUACUACCCUUGUGGGGACCAGAAGUCCUCACAAGGAUAAUAAAACAAGGACAAUUCGGACAAGCGGGGACAUUUCGCCGGUCCCCACAAGGAAAAAGGCUAUUUUAGGCUUAGGGGUUAGGUUUAGGGUUACAAUUAGGGUUACAGUUAGGGUUAUAAUUAGGGUUAGGGGUAAUGGUUAGAAUUAGGGUUAAGAGUUAAGGUUAGGGAUAGGAUUAGAGUUAGGGUUAAGUUAAGGUUAGGAAAAAUAGGAUUUUGGGAAUCAAUUGUUUGGUCCCCACAAGGAUAGUAAAACAUACAAACGUGUGUGUGUGUGUGUGUGUGUCUCAGUCACCAGAUCGAAACCCAAUUGAACCCUUAUGGGCACUUGAGACAGCAUUUUCCACCACCAUCAACAAAACACCAAAUUAUGGAAUUUCUCGUGGUGGUGUUUCCUUUAAUUUGGCAGUUACAAAUAGAUUAUAGACUUGAAACAAACUGGCAUGAAUAGUGAAACUCUUGGGGCCGGUUCCCCGGUCACAAAAUAAGACUAGUCCCGAACACAGAUUAAGCCUAGUCAUUGGAGAAUCUCCAUUGAAAGUUAUUUUCAGUCCAGGAUUAGGCCUAAUCUUUUUUUGAUUAAUAUGUUGUUGUUGUUUUUUUACCCCUCUUUUUCUCCCCAAUUUCGUGGUAUCCAAUUGGUAGUUACAGUCUUUGUCCCAUCGCUGCAACCCCCGUACGGACACGGGAGAGGCGAAGGUCGAGAGUCGUGUGUCAUCCGAAACACAACCCAACCGAGCCGCACUGCUUCUUGACACAGUGCCUGCUUAACCCGGAAGCCAGCCGCACCAACCUGGCGACCGAGUCAGCGUGCACUGCGUCCGGCCCGCCACAGGGGUCGCUAGUGCGCGAUGGGACAAGGACAUCUCUGCCGGCCAAACCCUCCCUACCCUGGACGACGCUGGGCCAAUUGUGCGCCGCCCCAUGGGUCUCCCGGUCGCGGCCGGCAGCGACAGAGCCUGGACUCGAACCAGGAUCUCUAGUGGCACAGCUAGCACUGCGAUGCAGUGCCUUAGACCACUGUGCCACUCAGGAGGCCGGAUUAGGCCUAAUCUGUGUCCGGGAAAUCAAACCUAGUUGUCCAAGACUGGAGAAUAUACAACUUUAGACCGUUUUUCUUUCUCAAGGUAUACUGACCUAACCUCUCAUUUGUGUUCUCUAUAGCCACCAGUGCAAUCCAAGGAUAACAAUAGGUGCACUCUGGGUAAUCUUAACUCCUCACUGUCCUAUGCAGUGCAGAUACAGUGUGUGGCCAAUUACAAAUGUACCCAGUGCCCCUGGAGCAAGUCUUUCACUGUCCCACCUGGUGAGUUUACCUUUUACCUAAAGCGACAAUCUAGAAAUCUUCUCAAUGGUCUUACCAAAAUAGUCAAUCAAUUCUCUAUUCUACUGAUCUACUAACGUUCAACAUCAAAUAAGCAAAAUGUGUCCAUUUUAUUUAAUAUUUUUUAGAACUUAAUGAUAAGCCUGUCAUUGAGAUGGUAGAAGAUUUUCCACAAACCAAAGGAAGUAGAUUAGUGAUCAUAAAAUGGAAGGUAACUUCACCUUACAAAAAUACAAUGUCAAAAUACUACGUUUGUUAGUUAACCUGCAUGAUUUAUAAACAUAAUAUCUACAACAGAUGUAGGUAUAAAGUAAUACAAUAGUUUAUUGCACUACACUAUAUGUAAUAUAUAUUGUAUGAAGCUAUGGUUAGGCCUGUAACCUUGCUCCUAAAAUGUUCGUUCCAGUUUGCAGCCAGUGAGUUAGUGGAGGGCUACAGUGUGACUGUGGGGAAGGCCUCCGGAGAGGACCCCAUUGAGACCUUCAACACCAGCAGGUCCCUACUCAGACUGGCCCUGUCUCACUCAGCCUACCACCUCACCAUCACAGCCCUCAACAGGGCUGGGACCUCACCUACAGCACAAAGGACUAUACCUCCACUGGACGACAAAGGUAGAAAUAGCUAUCUACCGUUAACCUCCAAUAUCGGGAUCAUACACUCUGGCCAUGUUAGGAUUUAUUAACUAUUUUUGCCUGAGCAGUAAUAUUAGUUCAGUUCAGUUUUUGCAUCAGAAAUGAAUUACUAGUUGCUCUCCUGCUUAACAGUACACUGUUAAAAUGAAGUGUUUUGUAACACUAAAACUAGUGGCAGCUGAUCUGCCCCCAACGUUAAGACGAAACCUUAACAUUGCUGGAGUUUUGAAACACGUGGUUGUAAGGGGUUUUGAGACAGAUUUAAGGUGUACUGAAACAUUCAUCCUAAGGUGUUCUGAAACAUGACAUGGUGUGUUGUUACACCACGUAAUCAAGAGUUGUGCAACACCUUGCAAGAGACUAACCCGUAAAAGGUUAAAAACACUAUUAUGGUGUUUCAAGUUCUGUUUAGUGCAUAAUUAGAACCCUUCUCUUUUGCUGUCAUUUCCUCUCUCCAAAGCUCCUAAACACUAUUAUGGUGUUUUGAAUCCUGUCUAGUGCAGAAUUAGAUCCCUUCUGGAUUUUCCAAAUACUGUAAAUGGGAGUCUUGUUGAGUGAAUUCCUUUUCUGUUUCCUUCUUCAAUGUAAUAACAUUUUGUACUCAUGUUGUCAUUGACACAUACUUUCUUGGAUUGUUUUGGAGAGUUUUACCUGAAUGUUUGGUGUGUUCUUUCCUGUCUGAGUUUCGUGAAGGACCUGAAUACAGGGGCAGCGCCCACAAACUUGCCUGUUUUUAUAGUUGACCAUAGAGUUUGCUAGAGGGCACACCUGACAUGAAUGCCCUCUCUCCACCUCCAUGUCCCAGACUGGGGAAAUUCUAAACAGUACGGCAGCACAGUGUUUGAAGUUCACAUUUGGCCUUUAAUAAUCUAAACAUUUGUCUUCUGAUAUGGGGGCCGAAGUUCCUCACGGUAAGUGGGUGAGUGGGUAAAAUUCCAAAUAAAUUUGGCAUCUUACUGAAUUCAGAAUUUAGAUUUGAGUGGAUUUAACAUGGAAUGUUUUGACUUAAGUCCAUGUUUUAUUGAGUCCAUGUUAAGUCUACUUAUCUCAAGUCUGAAUCGGGCCCAAUGUGCUGAAUGUAACAAGGGUGGUGUUAAUACAUUUGCGUUUACAUCAUUAAGCCGUUAUGUAUGUGUUAUGAUUAUGACCAAAGGUGUCUGACUUUAUAGUAAGUACAGCGUCAUAUGAUACAAGGCAUUUAUGCAUGUGUUAUAAAUGACCAAAUGGGUCUGACUUUAAAUUAAGUACAGCGUCAUGCGAUAUAGUCUUUAUGGAUGUGUUAUGAAUGACAAAAGGUGUCUCACUUCAAACUAAGUAUUACAGGACACUACAUAAAGUGUCAAUAAAUAGGUUAUUAACGUUCUGCUGAUUUAUGAAGGUUACUGUAGGGUGUGAGAGGUAUUUAAAUGGGUUGAUGAACCUGAAAAGCUUGUGUGUGUGUGUGUGUGUGUGUGUGUGUGUGUGCGCACGUGCCAGAACCAAGAUGAAAUAGUCCAACCUGAGUCUACCGCACCAGGUAUUCCUCUUCUGUUCCCAUGCUGGAAACCAGGGCUUGAUUAUAACAUGUUUCAAUGGUGCCAACAUUUUGUGGCUGAUCUUUCAGUGGGGGAGUGGGUAAAUGUGUCAAAGACCUGACUGGGCCCAGCACCACGCAGUAUGGCUUGUUUUUGUUGUGUUUGUGUACUGAGAAACAUGUAACUUGGUUUCAGAAGAAGGACACAUUCAAUGUAUUUAGUUUGGGGGCUUUCAUCAAGGUAAGUGUUUCUUGGUGUAAUGUAAUCCCCAGGCUAUUGCACACACAGCACCUACAGUUGAAGUCAGAAGUUUACAUACAAUUAGGUUGGAGUCAUUAAAACUCGUUUUUCAACCACUCCACAAAUUUCUUGUUAACAAACUAUAGUUUUGGCAAGUCGGUUAGGACAUCUACUUUGUGCAUGACACAAGUCAUUUUUCCAACAAUUGUUUACAGACAGAUUAUUUCACUUAUAAUUCACUGUAUCACAAUUCCAGUGGGUCAGAAGUUUACAUACACUAAGUUGACUGUGCCUUUAAACAGCUUGGAAAAUUCCAGAAAAUGAUGUCAUGGCUUUAGAAGCUUCUGAUAGGCUAAUUGACAUCAUUUGAGUCAAUUGGAGGUGUACCUGUGGAUGUAUUUCAAGGCCUACCUUCAAACUCAGUGCCUCUUUGCUUGACAUCAUGGGAAAAUCAAAAGAAAUCAGUCAAGACCUCAGAAGAAAAUGGUAGACCUCCACAAGUCUGGUUCAUCCUUGGAAGCAAUUUCCAAACACCUGAAGGUACCACAUUCAUCUGUACAAACAAUAGUACGCAAGUAUAAACACCAUGGGACCACGCAGCCGUCAUACCGCUCAGGAAGGAGACGCGUUCUGUCUCCUAGAGAUGAACGUACUUUGGUGUGAAAAGUGCAAAUCAAUCCCAGAACAACAGCAAAGGACCUUGUGAAGAUGCUGGAGGAAACAGGUACAAAAGCAUCUAUAUCCACAGUAAAACGUGUCAUAUAUCGACAUAACCUGAAAGGCCGCUCAGCAAGGAAGAAGCCACCGCUCCAAAACCGCCAUAAAAAAGCCAGACUACAGUUUGCAACUGCACAUGGGGACAAAGAUCGUACUUUUUGGAGAAAUGUCCUCUGGUCUGAUGAAACAAAAAUAGAACUGUUUGGCCAUAAUGACCAUUGUUACGUUUGGAGGAAAAAGGGGGUCACUUGCAAGCCGAAGAACACCAGCCCAACCGUGAAGCACGGGGGUGGCAGCAUCAUGCUGUGGGGGUGCUUUGCUGCAGGGGGGACUGGUGCACUUCACAAAAUAGAUGGCAUCAUGAGGAAGGAAAAUUAUGUGGAUAUAUUGAAGCAACAUCUCAAGACAUCAGUCAGGAAGUUAAAGCUUGGUCGCAAAUGGGUCUUCCAAAUGGACAAUGACCCCAAGCAUACUUCCAAAGUUGUGGCAAAAUGGCUUAAGGACAACAAAGUCAAGGUAUUGGAGUGGACAUCACAAAACCCUGACCUCAAUCCUAUAGAACAUUUGUGGGCAGAACUGAAAAAGCGUGUGCGAGCAAGGAGGCCUACAAACCUGACUCUGUUACACCAGCUCUGUCAGGAGGAAUGGGCCAAAAUUCACCCAACUUAUUGUGGGAAGCUUGUGGAAGGCUACCCGAAAACGUUUGACCCAAGUUAAACAAUUUAAAGGCAAUGCUACCAAAUAUUAACCCACUGGGAAUGUGAUGAAAGAAAUAAAAGCUGAAAUAAAUCAUUCUCUCUACUAUUAUUCUGACAUUUCACAUUCUUAAAAUAAAGUGGUGAUCCUAACUGACCUAAGACAGGGCAUUUUUACAAGGAUUAAAUGUCAGGAAUUGUGAAAAACUGAGUUUAAAUGUAUUUGGCUAAGGUGUAUGUAAACUUCCGACUUCAACUGUAUAAGCCUGGGAUAUCAACCAUUCAAAUUUGGCCUUAGUGGGAGUGACCAUAGAAUUCUACUUAAAACAUUCAAAAAUGUAUAAUUAUGGCUAAACCCUGCCCUUUCCCACAAUUAAUCUUCUUAAAAUGUGAUUUUAAACCUAACCCUAACUAAUUAAGGCAAUUUUUGAUGCGUUGGUCCACCAGACCUUCCGUACAUUUGGGGUGGAAGUGUCUGGGAACAAGAUUUGGUGUAAUGUGACUAACAUGACAUCACUUUAGAACGUAUGCCAUCCUUCAGCACAACAUGUCACCCUUUAUAAAGCACAUGUUUAUAUCAUAUUCGACAUAGUGGGUUAUGUCACAUAUGGCAUUGGUGAUUGUCACACAGUCAUGCCACAUUUAUGAACCCAUUAUAAAGCAUGACAUACGGUUAUAGGUGCUUUGUAACACAUUUAUGUAGUGCUUAUGAAGGCAUUAUGAAGGCUUUAUGAAGCCUUUACUAGCUGAACGUCAUUUAAAGCGGGACCAAAAUGGUCAAUUAAUAUAUUGUCUGAAAAUCAUCUUCAAUCAAUAUUUACACUAUAAACCAUUGGCAUUUCAAAACCAUUUGAUUUUAUGAGAGACACACAGUCUGCCAUUUGUGUUUUGAUGCUGCCUUUUACAUGCACUGAAACACCAACAAUGGUUUUCACAAGACUCUCUUAUAAAAAAGAAGAGUCUAAGCCCUGUCUAAACCAGGGGAGGUUCUACUAAGCUAUAUGGAAUUGUUUUAAGAAGGUCAUACCAAGGAUCAUUUUGAUUUAGAAUUUUAAAACCUCUUGAUGUAUCCCCCCCUCAAUUUUUUUAUAAAAUAUUUUAUUUGGCGUUAUUGCUAUUAGCCCAUACAAACACAUUGAAUAACAGAUUCACUAUGUGGAACAACAGAAGUGUCUGUCCUAUAUAUGAGAGAUAUAAGAAAGAUCAGGAAACAUACACAUAUAUAUAUAUAUAUUUUUUUUUUAACAUGUAUUUAACCCCUUAUUUUUGGCACUAAACAGUCUCCACAUAUACACUACCGUUCAAAAGUUUGGGGUCUCUUAGAAAUGUCCUUGUUUUCGAAAGAAAAGCAAAAAAUUGUGUCCAUUAAAAUAACAUCAAAUUGAUCAGAAAUACAGUGUAGACACUGUUAAUGUUGUAAAUGGCUAUUGUAGCUGGAAACGGCUGAUUUUUUUAUGGAAUAUCUACAUAGGCGUAGAGAGGCCCAUUAUCAACAACCAUCAGUUCUGUGUUCCAAUGGCAUCUUGUGUUUUUUUAUUUAUUUUUGUUAUAUAUAUUAAUUUUUUUUGGGGGGGGGGGGUGUAGAUCAUCUUAAUAUUGCAGAUAGAUUGUAACUUCCAUCAAUGUAAUUGUCUGCAUCACUUCCAAUCCCCCAUGUUUUUAUAUAUAUAUAUACCAUAUUUCAGACGCUACAGACGAUUUUGUGAGAAGACCGAUUUUCAGGAUGUCCCAUGGUCUGACAUACACUGCUCUAGCUCUGUCACCUUUCAUCACAGAUGCGGAAGUGCGACAUUGGCAGAUGCGGUGGAUUGAGACGCAUCCAAUGCAAAAAAACAGAUACUGUAGCUCUAGCUUAAACUGAAAGAUUUGUAUGGGGAUAUUUGUAUUAUGCUAAUUAGAUAUCGACUCUAGGGGGUUAAAAACACCAAUAUUCAGAUUGAAGAACCACUUUUGUAAUUUUAGAAUACUUACAUUCUGUUUUGAAAUACAUUCAGAGUAUUGUAACACUUACAUUGAGUUUACAUUCAAACACCCCCCAAACACCAUAUCUCAGCUUAGGUGCACCACUUUUCAUGGUUUCACUACACAAUGAUGGGGUUUUGAGUCUUUCUAUUUUAACAGUGUAUGAAAUCAGUCUGUUGAAGUGGGACAUCUCAUAGAUAUCUCAGAUGCAGGAGAAAGGGCCUUGACGUGUUGUUUGGUUUGUCUCUACAGUCUUAUAUGGGAAGCUGAAUGUGACAUUCAAUGGCAACACGUCCUUCACUGUCUCCUGGGUGGAUGACCUGAUCAAAACCUACUCCUGCUUCUCAGUGGAGUGGUGGAGGAGAGGAGAGAAAGCUGCCUACAAGUCCUUCUAUGAGGAUGAGAACAACUAUGAAGUCAUACAAUUGAAUGGUAGGGUACAUACCUCUCUCCUGUGUUAACAUGAAAACAACAGAGGAUUCACAUAUUCAGAUACAGCAUAUUAUCAUAACCAGAACUACACAUUGCAUAUGUUUAACAGAUAUAAGCUGCCUACCACAAAUCCAGUUUGUCCUGAUGAAAGAUGUUUCUCUUGUUGUUGUAUAAACUAUAGAGCCAUUAGAGCAGUAUAAGAGGUACACCUUCACUCUGCACACGAGGCCAGACAAAGAGCCCUGCAACCUGAAGUUCAUCAACAACAGCGAGAGCACCUACGGGAGCGUCCAGGCCUUCUUCACUGAAGGAUGUGAGUCUAAAAUUAAACUGAUAUUAAGGCCACACUUCCAUUAAAAUCAAAUCAAAUUGUAUUUGUCACACGCACCGAAUACAACAGGUGUAGACCUUACAGUGAAAUGCUUACUUACAAGCCCUUAACCAACAAUGCAAUUUUAAGAAAGAAUACCAAAACAAAAAUACCACAAAAACAUUAAAUAAAAAAAUAAGCUCUCAACCUGCUCCACUACAGCCCUGUCGAUGAGAAUGGGGGCGUGCUCGGUCCUCUUCUUUUUCCUGUAGUCCACAAUCAUCUCAUUUGUCUUGAUCACGUUGAGGGAGAGGUUGUUGUCCUGGCACCACACGGCCAGGACCCUGACCUCCUCCCUAUAGGCUGUCUCAUCGUUGUAUGUGAUCAGGCCUACCACUGUUGUGUCAUCGGCAAACUUAAUGAUGGUGUUGGAGUCGUGCCUGGUCAUGCAGUCAUGGGUGAACAGAGAGUAUAGGAGGGGACUGAGCACGCACCCCUGAGGGGCCCCCGUGUUGAGGAUCAGUGUGGCAGAUGUGUUGUUACCUACCCUUACCACCGUGGGGCGGCCCGUCAGGAAGUCCAGGAUCCAGUUGCAGAGGGAGGUGUUUAGUCCCAGGGUCCUUAGCUUAGUGAUGAGCUUUGAGGGCACUAAGGUGUUGAACGCUGAGCUGUAGUCAAUGAAUAGCAUUCUCACAUAGGUGCAAUAGAGAUUGCAUCAUCUGUGGAUCUGUUGGGGCGGUAUGCAAAUUUUGUGGGUCUAGGGUUUCUGGGAUAAUGGUGUUGAUGUGAGCCAUGACCAGCCUUUCAAAGCACUUCAUGGCUACAGAUGUGAGUGCUACGGAUCGGUAGUCAUUUAGGCAGGUUACCUUUGUGUUCUUGGGCACAGGGACUAUGGUGGUCUGCUUGAAACAUGUUGGCACUUAACAUCUCCUUGGGGUUGUAGUAGAUUAAACCAGUACUAGAGUAGAACACAAGGGGCAUCUCAUCAUCACACAAACACAUACCAUAAGCGAAGACACAGGGAGCCACUUCAUAUACUUACUUACAAGCUGGUUACAGUAUAAGUACAUGACACCUUAGCACCUGUAUGUCUAAAUCAAUCAACCAACAAACCAAUUAAUCAUAAAUGCAUUGUGAUCAGAUUCAGUGUCUUUUCCUCUCAGCCCCUAUCAGUGCCCCAGGGAACAUCAGCACCAAUGUUAGCCAGAGUUCCGUGGUGCUGAAGUGGACGGCUGUCCCUGAGGAGGACAACAGAGGUUUCCUGCUGGGCUACGUCCUCCACUACACAGAUAGGCUGCAGGAUGGGACAGAUGCUGAAACAAGUAAGAUUGAUUGAUGUAUUGUUUAUUUAGAUGUUUACAAACAGGUGCCAAGUUGAUGUUGGCCUAAGAGACGUGCAGUGAGUGAUUAUUCAUACAGUAGAAUGUGCAUAAAGUACAGUGUGAGCAACUUCUGCCUUUUACAUGUCUCACGUAGAAUGUUUUAUAGUUUGUGACUAAUAUCCUAUAAAUAUGUACAGUUCUUUUUUUAAAAUAAGUUAAGCCUUCUUGCACACUAUCAGAUAUUCUUACCGCCACGUCUAGUUCCCAAAAGGCUAGAGUUUUAAACGAGAAUCGUUGUUUAAGUAGUAACUUCCUUAAAAUGAUUGUGGUGUUACUACUUCUUAUUCUGAUGCGUCACUGACUUUUUUAAACUAUUGGUGUUCUCGCUGUAACAGACAUCACUGUGGAUGCUGCUUCAACCAGCUAUGAGUUGGUAGACCUAAAGAACAGUACUGUGUACCGGGUCCAGUUGUCUGCCUUCACUAGUGCAGGAAUGGGAGUGAGAAGCUCAGCUGCAUACUUUGAAACCAAACCAGGUUUGCUUGUUGAUCUAUCACCAAUGGUUAUAUUGCAAUGAAAAUCUCUGAUUUCCCACAUUUUGAAUGCCAGACCAAUACUGUCUUCUUUCCCUUCCCAGCAUCCCUGACUGUGAGCAGUGCGAUAGCAGGGGCCAUUGUUGGAGUAACUUUACUAUUACUUGUGGUUUAUCUCGGCUCUCAGUUGUUAAAAAGGUACAGUCAUCAUGUUUUUAGGCAAAGGUGCAUUUAUAUCUAUUAGUUUUGCUUUGUUCUUAACUGUUGUCCAGUGAAAUUCAAGUGAUGGAAACCUUGAAUGAAUUCCAUGGCAACAUGUAUUUUCAGAGCAAAGAAACUACUUUGGCCGAGUAUCCCCAAUCCAGGUAACAGCAAUGCCAUCCAGAAAAUAUAUGGGGUCUGCGAUCUGGUAAGAACAUUGUAUAAUGAUGCAGGAGAGUUUCAUAACAUUUUUAUAGCAUGUCUCAGAUCAUGCCCUGUUGCUGUUGGUUUUCUUCCGCCUCCGGGACAAUAAAGAUUGAGUGAUUGAUUCUCAUAGGAACUCCUGGAGCUCAUCAACCGACAGAAGGAAGAGGAGGGGGACUCCAACAGUCUACACGUUGUCGACGGAAGAGAAGAAAUGUCUCCCGUUAGCAACCUCCAUAGCAAUGCUGACUCAUGUCUGCACUUCAACACAGACUACGAGGAGAGCCAAGGGCCUUCUCUGUCAACCAUAGCCACAGACAGUAGAGCUCAAGAUCCCACUUCUGACACCAUUACAUCUAUUCCCACAGACAUUAGACAGACAGACCCUGUCCUCAUCAGUACGGUUGCCCACCAGUGCCAACCGUUGGCCUUUCUGAGUGAUUACACCACCAUGGAACUCUUCCAACAGGCUAUGCCACAGUGUGUUCCAGACACUACGUCAUCAUCAUUGUCAUCAUUGGAACCCCAGGGUCAGUCAAGCCAGUCAGAGGACACAUAC